ACAUGCACACUGAGCCCAGUUAAACUGGUGAAAAUGACUUUUUCAACUUUUCUUCAAUUUUAAUUGGAUAAACAUUAUUCUAUUACACUCAGAAGUCGACUGGAUGUUCAAUAGUAUACAUUCAGUUACAAUUACAUGCAUAUUUGUAUGAUUUUCCAACAGAAAAGUGUCUUACUUGUGUACUGUACUAGUGUGUUUGGCUGUGUAUUACCUGUGGUCAGCUUUUCGGCUAUUAUCUAGUUCCAGACCAAUAAAAGUGUACAAUAUUAUUGCAUGUGUGGAUGCGUACUGACAUGCUCUAACAGACUCAAUAGUAUUUUUGUGAAUUUCUUUGCACACAAUUGAUGGAUAGUCGAUCAAGUGUUGCAGUGUACCGAGUUCGGCCGGGUAUGGGAGUGUUUGAACGACUUUUUCAAUAGAAAAUCACUAAUAAUUACCAUAUAAACCUAUUCAGUUGUCUAGAGAAUAGUGUGAGCAAUCCAACAAUACGAUUUGCAGCUUUGUAGCACGAGCGAUUGCAAAGUUAUAAGCAAAAGAGUGCCGGCCAACAAGCACGAAUUUCUGCUGAACUAUCACAAUUUUGGCUUGCCACCGCUGCAGCUUCCAUAUCGGUCCGUACAAGUCUAUAUAGGUCGGUUGUUUUCAAUGAAUCUCGAAGCUAUUGAAAGCAAGUUAGCAUCAGCAGCAGCGAUACCACUACUGUCUACUCUACUACUCAACAACAAGAUGUCAGCCGAGACAGCAACCAGUCCAGCGGCAACGGUCCCAGCCGCGUCCACACCGGCCAAGGCGAAGAAGGCGGCCGCAUCGAAAGCAGCAGCCAGCUCCAAGAAGCCGCGUGCCAAGCCAGCACACCCGCCAACCGGCGAAAUGGUGAACGCUGCUAUUGCCGGACUCAAGGAGCGUGGUGGCUCGUCACUGCAGGCGAUCAAGAAGUACAUUGCUGCCAACUACAAGGCCGACGCAGAGAAGCUGGCGCCGUUCAUCAAGAAGUACCUGAAGACAGCCGUUGCAUCAGGAGCUCUCACCCAGCCGAAAGGCAAGGGUGUCACCGCUAUGGAUGUAGUCUACGCGUUGAAACGUCAGGGACGUACACUGUACGGAUUCGGAGGUUAAGCAAGCCAGCCAGCACAACACACUAUUGGACUGCUGCCGCGCACGCGUCUUCACCAUUCACGCUUUACUCCACUACAGCAAAAAGGCCCUUUUCAGGGCCGC